UUCCUAUAAACCGCAAGUCUCUUAUCUCUUUUCUUCCAUCUUUUCUUUCCUGUUUCUUGGGUUUCUCGGUUUUCAGUGAUGGAUUCUGGAGCCGUUCAAAGUCGUGUGCACGAGUCCGACCAACAUCAUCCUCACAGCCUUGGAUCAGAAAAAGGGGAACAUUAUGGGGCGGACGAUCACCACCAUGACCAUGACAAAAAGUCGGUUCUGAAGAAGGUGAAAGCGAAGGCUAAGAAAAUUAAGGACACGAUCAAGAAGCAUGCGCAUCAUGACUAUGAUCACGAUCACGAGUAUCACAAUAUCCCCGAUGAUCAUGAUCUCGACGAGGAAGAUGAUGAAGAUGAAGACAUAGUUGAAAAUCCUGAAGUUCACGGAGCCCCAAUUUAUGAGAGUACGGUGGCUAGAACAGUGAUUCCUGCAGGCGAACAAGAUCAUCAUCAAGAACCAAAGGUUGUGGUUGUUUCCCCAAAUAUGGGAACUGAUCAAACAGUGGCAAAAGAUUCAGCAACGAGAACAUUUGCUGGAGAAGAAGGGAACGCUGGGCAAAGAAAGGUCAAUUUGCAGAGACCUAUUGACUUGGAGGAAGAUCCCGCCACUUUUGGAACAACACGUCAUCCUCGUGCUGCUUCCAAUUAUCAAAGCAAAGUCACUGAUCCAACGGGGGCAGGUGCUGCAGAAAUACACGUAACCCCGGCUCUAAAAUCUUUUGCUGAAAUGAACAUCAAUGACAAGACAAAACCUAAUCCAGAACUGCACCUUCGUCCUACUACUACUCCAUGUCCUUCCGUCACUCCUACAAUACAUGAAGAACGACCACGCGUUCGUUCCACUGCUACUGCUCCAUAUCCUUCAGUCAAUCUGCCAAGACCUAUUGAAUUGGAGGAAGAUCCUGCCGCUCCUGGAACAACACGUCAGCCCCGUACUGCUUCCAAUUAUCAAAGCAAAGUCACUGAUCCAACUGGGGCAGGUGCUGCAGAAAUACACGUAACCCCAGCUCUACACUCUUUUGCCGAAAUGAACUUCCCUGACGAGACAAAAACAAAUCCAGAACCACGCGUUUAUUCUACUGCUACUCUUUUUCCUUCUGUUACUCCUACAAUCCAUGAAGAUCAGAAACGCUAUGAAUCCAUGGACAAACCAUCGAACCAGAGCGGCUACAACGCUGCUCAAUAUCCUUCUGGCACUCCUAUAAUGCAGGAAGAACAGAAACACUAUGAAUCUGCAGUGGACAAACCAUCGAACCAGAGCAGCUAUACUGCAAUUCAAUAUCCUUCUGGUACUUCUGAAAUGCAUGGAGAUCAGAAACACAAUGAAUCAAUGGACAAACCAUCGAACCAGAGCAGCUACACCGAUAAAAUCUCAUCUGCCACCUCUGCAAUUGCUGAUAAAGCCAUCACUGCUAAAAAUGCCAUAGCUUCCAAGCUCAGCUACGAUGACAACGAGGGUAGUGGAGAUCAUGAGAAUGAAAAGAGGAGUGGAGAGAAUCAGAGCAGCUACACAGAUAAAAUCUCAUCUGCAACGUCUGUAAUAGCUGAUAAAGCAGUUGCUGCGAAAAAUGCCGUGACUUCGAAGCUCGGCUACAAUGACAACCAAGGUAACAGAGAUCAUGAGAACGGACCAAGGCAUGGAGAAAAUCAGAGCAGUUACACAGAGAAGAUCUCAUCAGCAACAUCUGCAAUAGCUGAUAAAGCUGUUUCUGCCAAAAAUGCUGUGACUUCGAAGCUAGGUUAUGGCGGUGGCGUUGGCGAGAAUGUGACAACAACUCAGGAAAAUUAUCCUAAAAGCGAGGCUGCUAAUGCUUCUGGGAUGUCGACUACAUCAACAGCAGAAUAUGGAAAGAAAAUUACAGAGUCCCUGACUGAAAAACUGGCUCCAGUUUAUGGGAAGGUUGCUGGAGUAGGGAGUGCAAUGAAGUCCAAACUGUCACCUUCUACGAAUGAAACAGACAAGGGGCUUUGUAUGAAGGACUAUUUUACAGAGAAACUGAGGCCAGGGGACGAAGACAGGGCUCUUUCUGAGGUGAUUUCAGAGACUUUAAAAAAGCGUGGAGGAGAGGCGACGGCGAAUGAGCGUGGUGCUCAGGAGGGAAGGAUAAUGACUGAUGUGAUUUCUGAUGUUAUACAUGAGCGAGAUGAAGGGGUGGCAGAAGCAGAGCACCGAUCAUUGGGGAAAGUGACAGAGUCUGAGGAAGUGAAGAGAAGGUUGGGAAGUGAAAGUGACAUUGACAGUAGGUAUCAAGAGAGUUAUGAGAAUAGCUCUGGAAAAGGUGUGGUUGAUAAGCUUAAAGAUGCGGCAGUGUCCUGGUUUGGCAAAUCACAAGAGAAUCAACCCUCACAAGUCCUUGCUCAACUUCCUGGCUGGUGCAGAUGCAGGGAGAGCUGGCCAAGGUGAAAGAAGACUUCAGGAGUCAUCUCGGUGAAGAAAUGUUGGACAAAUAUGUGUGCUUUGAGAGAAGCUUCUUCAUCCAUGAUGGUAUUAUAUAUAUAUAUAUAUAUAUAGUACAUAUAUAUAUAUAUAUAUAGUUUGCACAUGUGUACACGUUAUAGAUUGACGUAAUAGUUGUUUGCUGCUUUCCUAUCCUUGUUAGCUUUAUAUGUACAAGAUCACAUAUAAUUUACAAUUCUCUUUCAUUUGUUUGUUUGUGGAUAUGUAUGCGGCUUUGUAUUUCAGAAUGUGAAUUUGUUUUCUAAAUUUGUACGCGUGUCUGGGGAAAUCUUGUGCAUAAUAGGAUCCAAGUUCUCGGUGAUCUUGAGAUUAUUUGAUA